CCUCAUUCUUUUAACAGAUCUCUGCUCCCACCCUUUAGAUUUUGCUCUUGUUCUGCUCUAGUUUCUGUUCCAACCAUGAAUCCCGAGUACGACUACCUCUUUAAGCUCCUGCUCAUCGGGGAUUCUGGCGUGGGGAAGUCUUGUCUACUGUUGAGAUUCUCUGAUGAUUCGUAUGUAGAAAGUUACAUAAGCACUAUUGGAGUCGAUUUUAAAAUUCGGACUGUGGAGCAAGACGGGAAGACGAUUAAGCUCCAAAUUUGGGACACUGCUGGUCAAGAGCGGUUCAGGACAAUUACUAGCAGUUAUUACCGCGGCGCACAUGGAAUCAUUAUUGUCUACGACGUCACAGAUCAAGAAAGCUUUAACAACGUGAAGCAGUGGUUGAGUGAAAUUGAUCGUUAUGCUAGUGACAAUGUGAACAAACUCCUGGUUGGAAACAAGUGUGAUCUUACUGAAAACAGAGCCGUUCCAUAUGAAACGGCAAAGGCUUUUGCCGAUGAAAUUGGAAUUCCUUUCAUGGAGACUAGUGCUAAAGAUGCUACGAACGUGGAGCAGGCUUUCAUGGCGAUGUCCGCAUCGAUCAAACAGAGUAUGGCAAGCCAACCAGCUGGGAACAAUGCCAGACCGCCAACAGUGCAGAUCAGAGGACAGCCUGUUGUCCAAAAGAAUGGCUGUUGCUCAACUUGAUUGUCUAGCAAUAUCCUUUUCUUCGAGUCCAAUAUUGUUUUCUCUUCAGUUCACUUGUACUUUGUAUGUAAUAUCUGGUCUGUAAUUAAGCUCAAGUGUCCUUUGGUGGUUGUUUUUCUCUUUGCGUAUCAACAUUUCCGUACCAACACAUUUUUAUGGCUGCCUUCAGUGUAUUCAUAUCGAUACUGUCGUUUUGCUUAACAAUGUUUAUUAGAAAACCCACUGA